AUGGGGCCAUACCCCGUGAUCAGCCGGGUGGUUGCAGGGAGUCACGGUGCAUGCCUCCACCAUCCAACUCUUAUUACAGAGGUUGUGAGAAGGGGAGGGAGUGCAGAGGUGAUGGUCGUAAAUUUAAAUGAAUCUUCUGAUGCACAACAUAUAACCAAGAAGGGGACACACCAAGAAAUGGAGCUUAAAACACUAAAUAGGGAUGCCCAUUCGUUUACAUAA